UAUCUCUAGUCUAUGACACAUACCUUGUUAUUAUCAUGUAUAUUGUGUGUGGUAGAACUGUAUAGAAUGUCAUAUUUUUAAUGUGUUAAUAUAUCUCUCAUCUAAAUGAAAACUGAAUAUCUGAAUCACUGCAGGGGCCUCCAGGACCACCUGGGCCACCAGGACCUAAGGGUGAUGCUGGAAUAGAAUCUGAUCGAUAUGGCAGUGUACGAGGUCCAAAGGGUUCACUAGGUAAAAUGGGACCCCCUGGACUGCCUGGUGAGAGGGGUGCUCCAGGAGAACGUGGCCCACAAGGUUUCCCAGGUCCGAUUGGUAUUCCUGGAUCUUCAGGUUCUCCAGGGAUUCCAGGUGAGCCUGGGAGUCGAGGACAACCAGGAAUGCCAGGACUUCCUGGCCCUUCAGGAAGAAGCUUUUCAGAAGAGGAAAUGAGAGAAUUGUGUUCUUCUGUAUUGCAAGAAAAAUUAGUAGAAUUGACAGCAAAACUUAGAGGUCCACCAGGGCCUCCAGGACAAGGUAAAGAUGGACGUCCAGGUCCUCCAGGAUCACCAGGACAACCAGGUGUUCCUGGUAUGCAAGGAUUUCCAGGCGAACGGGGUUUCAUGGGUAUGCCUGGACCACCAGGUCCUUCAGGACUGCCAGGACAUAAAGGAGCUCGAGGUGACAAGGGUGAUCGUGGUCUAGAGGGUGUUGGAAUUGAAGGUCCAAUGGGAUUGAGAGGUUUACCAGGUCCACCAGGUCCAUCAGGAAUUGGUCUACCUGGACGUCCAGGAGAACGAGGUCCUCCAGGAAGACAUGGAAUCCCAGGUGUAAGAGGGUCACCUGGACCCCAGGGUCCACCUGGGUACUGCGAGUUGUGUAAUUACCAAGGGGCUGAUCUUACUAACAUACUUCAUCAAUUACCCAAUCCUCAGGAUACUAAGGGACCAUCAAAAUAAUGAACUACAAAGUUAUAUAUUUAAAGAUCACAAGAUAUUUGACCCUUCUUCAUGAAGUGCCAUCUUUUGUUGGAGAUAUAAAAAUACCUUAUUCAUAGUUUAUGAGGAAUGAUAAAAUUUAACUUUUAAAAUAAUUAAAUAACUUUCAUAAUGUUUCUUUCUGGGCCAGUGUGUUUAGAAGGUAACUAAUGAAAAAGGGUCCAACAUUUAAUAGAGUGCUAGGUACAUUUUAAAUAUAAACAAAUAAUGACCAGAAAAGCCUUGAACGUCCAAUAUGAUGCAUUACACGUGCGAGAUCAAUUUUGGGUUGAUUUUGAUUUGCUAAGAAUAUUUCCUGUAUCCAUAUAUUGAACAAACAUGUUUGUUGAAUUAACACCCUACACUUAACUUAUACAGGGUGAGCUGCCACCAAACAAUACUGUUUCUAAGCUGCAUUUUCUUAUCUUAAGUUUUGCCAAAUGCCAGUGAAAGGCCGAUCUCUUAUUACAUUUGCUACAGUAUUUUUUGCAUCUUUACAGCUCAAGAAGACACUGCCAGUCCUGUGUUAUUUAACUGUAAUUUCUUCAUUUAUAGAAAUUAAUGUAUAGUUAUAUAGUGGUGAAUUAUUCUUAUUAACCAAUUUAUAAAAAAAAACUUUUGUAGUUUAUUUACUAGCUGAAUGUAUCUAGGGUGUUGUGUACAAUUGUGAAUAACUGCAAACACAAAAAGUUCGCCUACCGUCCUUUAUGUUAUUUGUAAACUGUGUUUAAACUAAUAUUAAGUGCAAACUGUGUACAUUAGCUAUGAAAAGUAACAUUUCUCGUUCAUUGGUUCUAUCUGUGCUGAGCAGUGUAUCAAAAUAAACCUUUGUUGUACCC